UCAAUUGGAAAUCUCAAUCGCCUUCGGUCUUUAAAACUACAAGGAUGUGCAAACCUUACAAAUGUGCCGCACGGUGUUUACGGAGGGCUCCAGCAUCUCUUGGUGUCCAAAACUGGUGACAUUUCCAAGUAGGGCAGGGGCGAGCGCUUUGGUUUCAUCAAGUGCAGAAUCUCUUCCUUUGAUGCUUCCAUCUAAUUCAAACAAUGGGCAUGAUCAUCAUCCUGGUUCAUUAUUGUUUCCCCAGCUAGGGGAUCUACGAUUUGAAGGAUGCCAAUUAUCAAUCUCUGAUUUCCUAACGAAUCUUGACUGUGUGUCCAACUUACGGACUCUUAAUCUAUCAGGAAGCAGUUUUGAUAGUCUUCCGGCAUGCAUCAGCAAAUUUCGCGAAUUGGAAUAUCUUAAUUUGGCUGGUUGCAAGAGGCUUCGAGACAUUUCAGAACUUCCACCAAAUAUACGAGGAAUAACCCUGGAUGAUUGCGUAUCGUUGGAAAGAUUUUCAAAAUUGUCAAAUAUACUGGAACAGAAAGACACUCCGGGAUUUCUUCGAAGGAUGAACUUGUCUAAUUGCAAUAGACUGAUGGAUAAUCUUGGCAUGGACGUGGUGUCGAAGAUGGCAAAAGCAUUACCGUAUCAGCUGGUGCGUGCCGGCUUAGAUCAGCAUGUGAAGUUCUGGAAUCUUAUUCUUCCAAACCUCCAGGAAAUUGAAGUUCCAAAUUGGUUUGAUGGGGUUGAGGUGGACACAAGUGUGCUUCCUGUUCAUGACCCUGAGUAUGAUAUAUGUGAAAUUUUGAUAAAAAUCCCCAGGAAUCUGAAGGCUGAGAGAAUAGGAUUGGUUGUCUGUGUUGUUUUUGAACUUCCCCAAGAUUUUUUAUAUGAUGAUAAUCGUUGUGUAGUGACGGUUGUGAUUGAUAAAAAGAAUUAUUACUCUAGUCGCAACUACAUUGAAUUAAAAGCGACAGAGUCAUCAUCUCAUGAUAAUGUAUGUGUGUGUCUGACAUGUAUUGCUUUCAAGGAGCUAGAGGUGGUGGAUCCUGUGGUUCGAGUAUGUUUUAAGGGCAGUGAUGGAUUGCUCCUAAAGAGUUUUGGGGUCCACCUGGCUAAUAUGAAAGAGGAUCAUGGAAGUGGUGAAGACUUGGAACGAGAAAGAUAUAGGCAGAGCAAUGCUAGCAUUUCUGAUCAGGUGGCUUUGCACGCAGAAGGGGCAGCUGUAGCAUCAUUAGUAUCAGAUGACAGCAAUUACGGGGAAGUACACGAUGAUCAUCACAAUGGGGAACAAGAACAAGAACGAGAACAGGAACCUCAUCUACCAACAGAAAGAUUUGAAGACUUGCAAGGCAGAGCAAUGUUACGAUUUUUGAGGUGCUUUGGAAUUACCUGCUUGUGAUUUUGGUCACGCACAAGGUUCAGCUAGCUCUAGUAUAAUCACCAUCAAGUACCGAUUGAGGCCUUGAAGUACACUAUGAUUGAUCAUUAAUACUUGGAUUUCAGAAGAAGAUUUUCUUUUGCCAAAGUUGAUCCCAAAAGAUGGCAAUUGAUGGUGAGAGGGGCAGAGGCACCAAUUAAUCUGUACUCAUGUAAUGGUCAAAUCUCGAUCAAUCCACACGAACAAGGCUGGGUUUGUUCUUCAAUUUCAAUUUGUGUUUGCUCAUUUGUUGUCUGGCGUUUUACUUAUUUUUAAUUUUUAUCUCUGGGCUUUUAAUUGGUAUUGUUUGCUGGCUUUUAGUGCGCUCUGUUUGUUACAAGUGAGAGUGAUAUAAUGAUAUAUAUCUUUAAACA